UUUAGUGAAAAAAAUAAAUACGGUGCAUUGUUCAUCUAUAUUUUUUCUUAUUGAAAUUCAUUUUUAAAAAAUGAUUGUCAAUUUGAAUUUAAAUGUUUCUAUCACAAAACUAACCAAACUCAAUUGAAUUAUAAAUAUGGUUAUAAAGUUACGUCUUUGCGCGUACAAAAGAUGAGAAAUAUGUUCAUGGUAUUCAUAAAAUUAUCAGAAAUUGUUCACCUAUUCUGAAAUAUAAACAGCUGGUUAUUUUACUAAAUUAUUCUACCUUUCAGUGUGUUUGAAUUUUACACUUGUCAAAAUAUCAAGACGUUAUUCAGCAUAACACCAAUACAUCUCAUCUUUAAACACACUAUUGAAUAUUUUCUUGAACAUUUGAUAAGUAAUAAUUAAGCAGAACUUUUAAAAAAUUCUGUAAAUCUCGAUGUUUCACACUGAAUUACUAGCUGUGAUCUUCUUAUGUUUAGUAAUAUUUUUCAUAGCUCUUUGGUAUUUAAUAUUUUAUCCCGAUUCAAGACAGAUUAUGAAACGUACAAGACGUGUAAAAUCUAUGAAUAAACAGUCAAAUAAUAAAGACGCAAGAAAAGAAAUUGCCCGACUUUAUAGCUUCGAUAAGAAUGCCUAUCAAGAGACGAAUCUUUGUUCAUGUGGUAUUAGUAGUACUGAACAUUCGAAAUGUGAUUCAUUUGGUAAUGCAAGUUUAAAAACAAUCAAAGAAAUGAUGAGAUCUAAAGAAAGACAACAAAGAUAUAGUUUACAACAAAUGUCAUCAUACCAAUCAAAUGAGAAUGAUCAUAGAUUACCAGUCGCCAGUGAUAAAAAAACUAAACUUAUUUUUGGUUUAGAUAAUCCACCAUUGAAUAUCACUAAACUUCAAAUGGUACAACCAGAUUAUAAUUUAGUUACAAAGAAAGGGAAAUUAAUUCGAGCAUUCUCUGAAAGUUGUACGACUAAAUGUGCAAGUCACACUAGUAGUAUCGAUCACGAGAAUGGUGAGAUAAGUGACAAUAAAACAUCAACAUCAUCCGAUAAAGAAACACAAAAAGGAAUUCAUUUAGCAAAGUUAAGUGGUUCAGAUCUUGCCAGAAACUUACAGCCUUGGCCAAACCGUACAAAAUUCAAAUCAUUAUUUCGAAGUGAAAAAUCAUUAUCAUCAUCAAGUGAAUCUGUAUGGUCGGAGGUUAAACGUCGCUUAAGUAGUACUGAAAAAGUUUUCGACCCUGUUAUGCGUAUCUUGUCUACAGUACCAUUGAAAAAUCAAACAGAUUUAGACAAUACAUGGACAAAUUUCACAAUGAACCCAGAUACAAAUGGACACAUAUGCUUUUCAUUGGCGUAUACAUGCACUGUUGGAAUACUGAAUAUAACAAUUAACCGAUUAAUUGGUGUUAGUAAUCUUAUUAAAAGUUCAAAUAUUUUACCAAGUCAAUCACCAACUAAUUUUGUUGUAAGUUUACGUUUAAGACACAAUAAAAGUUCUACAAUUUACACUGAAGCACACGAUGAAGACGAUGAAGGGAGAAUAAAUUCACGUAAUAAAAGUGAAGGUUUUCAUAAAAAUUAUUUCACACAACCAGUUUUAACUUCAUUAAACCCAAAUUUCGAUCAAUCAUUCCUAUUUUCCGUCACAAUGAACGAAUUAGAUAGUACUGAAUUAGUUUUGACGGUAUUACAGUCAACAACAGUGAAUAGUUCUACUGAUGAAUUUGCCAACUUAAAUAAUAAUAGAAUACCAAGACGUAAUAAUUCCGUCGUCUCAUGUCAUCAUUCAUAUCCCUAUGGAAAUGAUAGAUGUUCACGUAGAAUGAAUAUGAUAUCUGAAGAGAUGAGAUGUAUUGGUGUAACAUUUUACAAAUUAAACCAACAUGAAUUAAUUAAUUGUCCCGAAAAAAUGCAAAAUAUUUGGCAGGAAUUACGCAAAUUACCAGAGUUACAAAGUAGACAGUCGAAAAUAGCAAGUUGUGAUAACAAUGAUUCGAUAAGUGGUCCAGUAAAUUACAAAUUAUAUCCAUUCAUUACGGAAAAUGAGGAUCGUCAAAAAAAUGAGUUCGGGGAUGGAAAAACUUUGGUAUUGCUUAUAUUUCAGUCGAAUAUUAGUUCAGAAGUUUCGCAAAUUGAAGAGUUAAAACAAUCAAUGGUCAAAGUAACUAUUCAAUACAAAAUAGACUCUUCUAUCUUAGAAAUUUAUAUAGAAGAGAUAAAAAAUGUCAAAAUUUUAAAAAAUGAAACUGAAAUGAUAUUUCAAGCAUUAUUGUGCCUUGGUAAUACAACCUUAUCCAUUGUACGAUGCAAACCAAUUCGACUUGUUAAGAAAAAAUCAUAUAAUGAAGAGAAUAGCAUUGAUCAAAGUGACCUAUUCCACAUUUGCAAUCAUAUUUCAAUUCCUAAAGAUGAACAUGUCUCAUUAAAUGUAGAUGUGAAUCGAUUAUUAAACUAUAAUAAUAUUGGAAUAAUAUUACAAAUAUUUACCCGAACAGAUACAUCGAAUCACUUAAGACGUGUGGCAAAUAUAUCAAUUGGUGUGACUAAAUUAAUCGAUAAUUUAGCAUCAAUUCAAUGGAAUGCAUUAAUUAAAGAAUUAAAACAAUUAAAAAGUAAUAAUCAAUUAUUUGGUUCAACAAAAAAAAUCACUUAUUGGCAUUUAAUGGAAUCAUUUUGAUUUGGGCUUUUUUUCAACUAUUAAAAAGAAACAUAUUUGAAAUGUAACAGACAUUUAAACAAAUCAACAAUUGAAAAUUAUUAAAAAUCUAAUAUGUUUCUAAGUUCAUAGAGAAAACGUAUGAAUGCAUGCAUGCAUACAUACGUACAUGAAUGGAUAUAUAAAUACAUAUAUACAUAGAAAAGUAAAUUCAUACAAUUGAAUAUACCCUGUGACUUAGAUAUUUACUAUUGUUUAUUUGUUUGAGUAGAUGAGUUAACUUUUUUUCUAUAUACUACAAUAUUUAUAAAUAUUGAGAAUAUUGUCUUACCUA